AUGCCCUAUAAAUCUCGCUGGACAAUCGACAUUCCCGACACUCACUUAGCCUCUCUCCUCCUCAAAUCCCCCACUGCGCCUCUGUCUAAAACCCACAAAUGCUAUCUAGAAGCAGCAUGUCCAGAUGCUCAUUACCUGACAACCCAUGAUUUCCGCCUCUGGAGCCAACGGCUCGCAGCCGGCCUACGCAAAGCAGGCCUCAAACAGGGAGACCGCAUCCUCCUCUUCUCCGGAAACGACCUCUUCUUCCCAGUAGUCUUCAUGGGAACAAUCAUGGCCGGGGGCAUCUUCACAGGUGCAAACCCAACCUUUGUAGCCCGAGAACUCGCCUACCAACUCCAAGACAGCGGUGCGAAAUACCUCCUCUGCGCAACAGCCAGUCUAGCAACAGGCCUGGAAGCCGCUCAACUGGCCAACCUACCCAUGACCAGCGUCUUCGCCUUUGACAACGGCGUCUACGAUGGCCAAACAUCCCCACCACCGAACUGCCCCUGUCCCUACUGGAGCGACCUUCUCGCAUCUCCAGCCGAAGGCGCAGCCUUCACUUGGGACGACCUCAACACCCCAUCUCUCUCGUCGCGCACCCUAGCCUUGAACUACUCAAGCGGGACAACCGGACGCCCCAAGGGCGUCGAGAUCACGCACAAGAACUACGUCGCCAACAUGCUGCAGUAUUGCCACCUGCCCUCGCUGAAUCCGGACUACGAGGGCCGUCUCGCUCGCGCCCGCUGGUUGUGCUUCUUACCCAUGUACCAUGCAAUGGCUCAGAAUAUCUUUAUUGCCGCCGCUUUGUACCGCUCCACGCCGGUUUAUAUCAUGCCCAAGUUCGAUUUCCUGCGUAUGUUGGAGUAUACGCAGCGUUUCCGGAUUACCGAUUUCAUUCUUGUGCCGCCGGUGGUUGUGGCGCUUGCUAAGUUUCCAAAGGUGGCGGAUUAUGAUCUUUCGAGUGUGGAGUCUGUUGGUAGUGGUGCUGCACCGCUUGGUAGGGAGGUUUGUGAGGUUGUUGAAGGGCUGUGGCCUGCUGGGAAGAUUAAUGUGAAGCAGGGCUGGGGGAUGACUGAGGCGACUUGUUCCGUGCUUGGAUGGGAUCCGACAGAGAAGAGUACGUCCGCCUCGGUCGGUGAGCCUAACCCUAACUGUGAGGCGAAAAUCGUCACGCCAGAGGGUGCUGAGGUGUUGGAUCGUAACCAGCGUGGCGAGCUGUGGGUGCGGGGACCCAAUAUCAUGAAGGGUUACUGGCGCAACGAGAAAGCCACCAAGGAGACUCGGACCGACGAUGGCUGGCUGCGAACGGGUGAUAUUGCCUAUGUGGACGAUCGUGGGAAAUUCCACGUUGUGGACCGAAUGAAGGAAUUGAUCAAAGUCAAGGGCAACCAAGUCGCGCCCGCCGAACUGGAGGCUCUGCUACUCGAUCAUCCCGCAGUGGCAGAUGUCGCAGUGAUUGGAGCUGUCAUCAAUAAUGACGAGCGUCCUCGGGCAUAUGUUGUCCUCAACCCGGGCCAGUCCGCUACCGCCAACGAUAUUACGCAGUUCAUGGAUGGCAAAGUCUCUGCGUUCAAGCGGAUUACCGGCGGAGUUGUAUUCCUCGAUGAGAUCCCGAAGAAUCCAUCGGGCAAGAUCUUGCGUAACAAGUUGCGUGAGCAGGCGAAGGAGGAAAUGAAGCUUACUGCGAAACUAUAG